AUGACCACGAUACCGCCCGUUCUGCACCGCGGCGCGCGGGCAAUCACUCCCCAUGAGUUCCUUGACGCCCUGGCGGCCACAUGCGUCCCCCGUUUCCCACAAGCGCGGUCGCGCGCUCAACGCCCGAUUGCCCUGGCAAUUAGUGGUGGCGUUGACUCCAUGGCCCUAGCCUACCUGUGUUCUAAGAUCAGACAGACGGACCAGUGGUUCAAGGUUGUUGACCACUCUAUCAGCAGCCCGUGCGGUGUCAUCGUCAACCAUGAUUUGCGCGAGGGCAGCGCUAUCGAGGCCGACAAUGUUGCCGUGGCGACUAGGAAGUUGGGCGUGAAGUCGCACGUUGUGAGGAUCCGCUGGGACGAGGUAUUGCCAGAGGGCACCAAGCCCAACGAUGUGCCCAACAUCGAAACUCUCGCCCGUUACCUCCGCUACCGCCGACUCGGCACGUUCUGCAAGGUUGGGCAGAUGGCCACCCUCUUCACCGCCCACCACGAGGAUGACCAGUACGAAACCGUCAUGAUGAGGCUGCUCUCUGGUCAUGGGUAUCGGGGGCUGCAGGGAAUGCGUCCGGCGGUUGACAUACCGGAAUGUUACGACCUACACGGCGUGUACCAGAGCGGUUUUGUUGACGACCAGCGGAGUCGGGACCCCUUCUACAACAUUGCCCCGAAUGCUCGAGAGCGGAAAAAAUUGAAGAGAAGUCUGAGGAAUGAAGUUGACCCCGCUGUCAUCGCUAGGGAGAUCGAAGCGGGCUUGACAACUGACCUUGGCACUGCGUACCUGGAUGACUACGACGGCAUCGCCACGGGUAGCAAGCGUGCCCCUCGCCUGGUACCGUUGGAGUUGGAGGACGGCGGAGUCAUGGUUUAUCGGCCGCUCCUUAGUUUCAGCAAAGAUCGGCUGAUCGCUCACUUGUCUCGAGAACAAGAUCCCCUGGUUUGA